AUGUUCACCAUGCUGCCCCGACCAGGCUGCCAGUCCGUUUAUCGGCAAUCUUUGUCUCGCGGCCGCUGUCGUUUCAUGAAACAAGGAUCAGAAAAUCGACCUCUUAUUGAUAAGUCAAGGACGGCUCUUUCAAGCCUUCAAGUGCAUUGGGCGAGCACUACUAGUGAAUCCCACCCUCGGGGAAGAUAUGGGCAAUCUCACAUACCAAAAUCUGUGACUAAGCAGAAGUUGACGCCUCAAGAUGUCCCAUACUUGCCAAUUCGCCAACGGCUGCGGCUAUGGGCUGCCCAAGACAACCAAAACAACUCUGAUAGCAUGCCUCCAGAUAUGAUCCUAUACGGCAGUGUCUCAAACGACCUGAGUCGAACUCAAUCGACAGGCUCAUCUGAUAUGGACCAGCUGCGGCCCAAUAAAUCUGGAAUGACGGAUGAGUUUGGCGACGAUGUAGGCGACGAAGACGUUGAGGUUGGUGCUGUUAGUGACAGUUCUAGGCAUCCUGGUGAUCUCGUCGAGUUGAAACAAACUGGCUCGCGCGUGCCCCUCUUUGCAAUUUACCUUGGGUACUUUGGAGAAAGAAACCAUUUCUAUGCUGUCAAUGGCAGAUGGCUCACUAGCAUGGGCUAUUCUCCGCUCUUCACGGUGGCCAAGUUUGCCACACAGGAAGAGUUGGCGCCUGUAAUGGCAAAGUUGCCACGAAAGGCAUCAAUUGAACAAUUUGAAGAACUGCGCCGCAACGAACAGGGCCCCUUACGCGAUGAUGGCUCUCAGCUUAUCCAAAAGAUGAUGGACUUUAGGCUCAAAGCAGAAGCUGUGCAGAAACAGAACCUCGGAAAGCUGGAUGCAGUCAGAACAUUUUUGUCUACUCAGCAACAAGCCAGGUAUCUGAGCCUUUUUGAGAUUGCCGAUAUACUACUGCCUGCGUCUCUCAAAGUUCGCGGCCAAUUCCCCUCUUUUGCCCUGUAUGCUGUCCAUGCAGCUUUAUAUCAAAAUGAGAUUGGCUUUCGGCCACUCAGCCCAUCUAGCGACGCCCAUCGUCGAGAUCAUUUGUUCGAAAUUUUCCCUCAGAGCCAUUCUCAAAUCAUCAACAAGGUUGUUACUAUGGUCCGUGACUACACAGAAACUAACAUGAAACGCUUGAGGGCGCCAAAGCCACAUGAGCUUGAGGAGACUAUACUCGGAAAAUUCAUUCUCCAGGCACGAGAAGCAGUCUUGGAGAGCCGUUCAAGACGACAAUGGACGCCACAUGGUACCCUUGCUCCCGGAGACGCUAUGCAGCUAUCACAGACGGAGUGGUCUCCGUCAAGCAAGGAUAUCAUUGCCUUUUUGGAAUGGUGGGCGAGUUAUGACCUUUUCGAAUCCGGGUCGAAAUUUCACGGCCACGGCGCCCUGAUUCUUCGCGCCCUCGAACUUUACGAUGAUACCGUUCUCGACCAGAGCACGGCAUGGACGUUUUUGCAAGAAAUUGGUAUCAUACCUCCAUGGGAGAUCCCGUCACGUUACAAAGUCCGUUUUCCAAGCGUCACAAUAACCAGGGGUGGUGGCUUAGAGAGAGAUAUUCCUGGCAAUGUCGAAGAAUCUAAGCGGCCGGACAUUGCAGCGGGCUACAGGCGAGAACAUGGGCAGUCUACAAUAUUUUGUAUUGACGCAGCGUCGACGAUGGUCAUUGAUGACGGUAUCUCAUUGGAACGUACAGAAAACCCAGACGAGUUUUGGCUUCACGUUCACGCAGCCGAUCCUGCGUCAAGUAUUAAGCCAAACUCUGAACUGUGCAAAUACAUGGAGCUGAUUCCGGAGAAUAUAUAUCUGCCUGGACACUUUCAAGCCAUGCUACCUUCUAACCUGAGUGAAGAUGACAACGCCAAAGACUAUGCCUCUGAUGGUCUUGUUAGUCAAUUUUCACUCAAGUCAGGAAGCCCAGCAUUAACCUUCAGUGCAAGAGUCAACAGAGCUGGCGACUUGCUAGACUUCAAGGUUGAACCAAGUACACUCGGAAAGGUCGUCUACUUGGAUCCCGAGGACGUAUCUAAGUUCUGCAAAGAGCCAGCACCACCGCCCGUCCCCAGCUACAGUCUCGUCGUCGGAAAGCCUGAAGUAUCCGGAGGACUGCAGUUGAAUCGUCCAAUGAUUGCGGCCCGGGAUCUGAACUCAUCCGGCAAAGAAGAUUUAUUAUUGUUGUAUCAACUCGCCGAGGCUAUCAAAAGCAAGCGCCUCGGAAAAGGAGCGUGGCCAUACUUUUUCCCUCGCCCUUCUGUCUCAGUGACUUUCCACGACACUCCUGAGGAAGGAGACGGAUCAAAAAUUCUGCCAACUGAUCCAUAUAUCAAAGCCGCUUACGAGACAUCUACGGGGUGUUCCGUUGUUUCUAACACCAUGGUCCUAGCUGGUGAAAUUGCGGCACGAUGGUGUUCGUCUCGCAACAUCCCAAUCCCCUACCGAAGGAAUGUCAAGUUUAGACAUGGUAUUGAUGAAGCAUUCAGCUACGCUACAAAGGAGAUUUACCCCCUCAUCAGGAAGGGCAUUGAGCCAAGCGGUAGCCAACGACAAGAACUGGCUCGACUUACUGGCGGAAUCGAGAUAUCGAGUCAACCAGGCUCAUACUUCCUCCUUGGGCUGGACAUGUAUGCCAAGGCCACAUCGCCGCUACGUCGUUUCUCUGACUUGCUUGUCCAUUGGCAAAUUCAUGCAGCCUUACAGCACGAACGAACCACUCAGCGAACCAUUGAUCCGGAGACUGAUAAUUUGGAUGACAUUCUGCCAUUUUCUUCUACCCAGCUCGCGACUACCCUUCCGCUGUUAGAGGUCCGCGAGAAGAUGGCGCGCACAGUCUCUCGCGGCAUCCUCGAGUGGAUCCUCAUCGCCCUUGUUCGUGCAUGGCGCUUCGAGAAGACCGCACCUCGCAAGCUCCGAUUUACUGUUAGUUCGCGCUGGCGGCAGGGCUGCAUUGGCAGAGUGGAUUUCUUCGGUCUGAAUGCGAUAAUGGAUAUCGAGGGCUUGAAUCACAAGGCUCUUGUCAAGGACGUCCGAGUUGGAGACCAAUUCGAAGUUGAGCUUGCAGAUGUGAACGUUCAUUCGCGGCGCAUUCUCGUUAAAGCCCUCAAGUAUCUCGGCCCUAACGCCGCUGAUAGCAUAGAGGCGUCCGCAACACCGGCUCUAACAUGA